CUUUUUGUAAAAAUGAGUGAAAAAGUGGUGGCGCCAUACGGAAAGUUAUCCCUACUCUCUUCUCAUACGAUCUUUUGCAGGAGGCCAACAGGGGAGAAGAUUAUUGAUUUCAUAGAGAACCCCUAGCAACCAGAAUCUGCUGAGCACUGCUCUGUAUGUACAGCAAGAAUGUCGGUCAAAAUGGAAACAGACGCUGGUGACAUCACAAGUGCAGUUAAGAAGAUUGAUGAUCUUGUGAAUCAAUUAUGUCAAGAACAAGAAGAGCAGAGAUGUGAUCAGAUAAUGGACCAGCUGCUAGACAUCUCACAGUCAAUAAUAGGGUUGGACACCAGACUACCACAGAAUCAGAGUGCAGAAAUACAGCUGCAGAACUGUGCGGCAUCGUUGUGGAACAUCGCAGUGGCACGAAAAACUGGAGGAUCACUGCACCAGGAGCUGGAUGCUAAAGUACGCCACUUGGCUUGUAACUUGACGUUUUCCUUCGCCUCCUCAAGAGAGAACUGUGCUUCCCUCAAAAACCAGAUUACUAUGGCAGGGAGAACCGCACGUGCAUGGUUAGAUUGCGAAAAACCUACCAUGGCAGACCAGUCUUUAAGCUUAGCACUACAGGGAUUGGAGAAAAUCCGCCGAUUGCUCGAGACUUCUCCUGUAGGCUCUUCAGAUGAGUGGAUGGUUGAUAAGCAACAACGCUGUCUAGAAGUAGACAGGGAAGCCCUUAGGAUUUACUCUACCAAGGCAGAAUGUUCAGUGAUGCAAGAUGAGCACCAGGAUGGACUCCAGUGGAUGCAGAAAGCUGAAGCACUUCUACCAAAGCUCCCAAAAGAGGCUCCCUUCUUGGCCAUGCUGUGUUAUAACAUUGGAUGUGAUGCUUUGGAGAAGUGUAAUUAUGAAGCAAUCGUCUCUUGGCUCAGGGAGAGCUUUGAACUUGGUAAAGGCAAGUUCCCACUGGAGCCAGAGUUUCAGGCAAGGACACUGCGCUUGCUUGCCAGUGCUUACUUAGACUGGGAUGCUGCUCAGUACAGUCAGAAAGCUCUGAAUGCUGUAGGCCUUGCUAAUGCAGAACACAGCCACCCAUCCGGCUUGCACCUGAAGAUUAAGAUUCUUCUAUGUACCAAUGGUAGUGACAGCAGACUUAAAGGAGCUAUGGAUGAUCUGAUGGGGCAUAGUGACUUGAGUGUGAAUCUGGCCAUCCAUACAGUACAGAUGCUGGCUCAAUAUGAUAAGCUGGACUUGAGUCUGAAUUCCUGCAAGCGACUAACUGGUCAGUUCUCUGCGGACCCCAAAGUCAGUAAAAUCUACCUCCAGCAUCUACAGCUGUUGCUUAGCAACAAGAUGAUUCAAGAGGCCAAGCUUCUGGUAGAGGAUUGCGUUAAAGUCCAACCCACAGUCUUCCGUGUCAAUGUUCAAGCUCUCAGACAUCUUCACACCAUACUAUGGGAGCAGGCAGCAGAAGCUUAUGAUUCAGGAGAUAGCGCCAAUGCUCUUGAAUUGUACAACCAGUCAUUAGCUCUCCUAAAAGGCACAGAGAUUGAGACUGAAAACCUGGCCAAGCUUCAGAGAAACAGAGCAUCAUGUUUACUGAAUCUUCAACAGAUUGAACAGGCAAGGGAAGCAGUCAAAGAAGCUGAGACACAGGAUCCAAUGAGUCCGUUUACACAAUACAUCCUCUUCAAGGUGGCACUGUGGCAGUCAAAUGAAGAUGAAGCUACUAAGGCCAUACAGAGACUCAGUGACAGUAGUAAACAAAGACAAGAUGGAGAUGGGAUUAAUACCAAGGAGACUGUACUCAACCUCAUCUGCCUGGCUGCUCAAAUGGCUCUCGAGAAGAGUAAUCGCAUUGUUGCAGUGAGAGCCUUGGAGAAGCUUGUACAACAUUCUGGUGAUCAGCAGCAGGUCCUAACCUCACUAAGGUGCUUAACUCGUUUGCAGUUGACGUUCACUGAUGGUAAAGACAAUAUGACAGAAGCUAGAGCAGUGUUAGCGUACUUGACCACAGCCUACAUUACCCUCUGCACUCAAGCAGACUCUGCAAUGAAUGACUCCGGUGUAUCAAACAUAAAUGAAGCAUCUUGGUUCAUGAAGAUAGCUUGGAACAUGGCCCUAGAAACAGCACAGAAUUGUACAUUGACUCAUGAAUUCUUCAUCUUCUGUGGCAAGUUUACUAAGCUGUGUGGCUGUGAUCUCAGUAAUCUAUAUCGUCAAAAGACAUGCCUUCUGAUGGCCUCAGCUGCUGCAUUACAGAUGGCAAGGGAGCAGCCUGAUCAACAGGACAAGAUCUCUGCCUUCAAACAGUGCCUUGACCAUGUGAAAGCUUGUAGGACAUUAUCGCAGGAGCUACAGCAAAAACAAGGGAGCAGUGGCAGUAGCAGCAGUAGUAGUAGAGACACGGCUUUAGCAAUGCUAACUCUGUAUGAGUUUGAAGCUUCAGCUAACCUAGGGAAUACCCCAGAGCUUGAGAGAAUCCUAGGGGAGGUACUGUCUAAUCCUGCUACAGAGAUCAAAAUGCUGGAAUCUAUGGCUGCUCUUGCCUUGGAGCCCCCUUUCAAGGCUAUCUCUGUAUGUAAGAAGGCACUACAGGCUGUUAUACAGAGAUACCUACAGACUAAUGGCAUCGAUCUCAAUAAAUGCAGUAAGGCCAUCCAUAGUAUGGUGGACUUGUGUUUACGCAGUGGUGUAUCUUAUGAUAAGGCAAGCAGGGAAGAGGCAUGGAGCUACUCCAAUACAGCUCUCAGCUUACUGGAAGACUCUGAAAAGGGAAUUACAGAAUAUCCUGAAAUGGAGAUCCUAUGGCUUCUGACUCGAGCUUGGAAUACAGGAGUUCAUCUGCUUGGUGGUGGACACUUCACUGAUGCUGGAAAGUGGUGUGGCCUCGCUAUGAAGAUUAUGCCUUACCUGACUACACUCAAAUCAAACUAUGAUGAAAAGCUGAACAGCAGCUACACCGAUGUUCUCUCUAAGAUUGAAAACAACAAACUGAAAGGGAAUCUGGAAGAAUAAAUCCUCAAUAGCUUCACAACUUCGGACUAAACUCAGAUAAAGAAAUCGACAGCAUAUCCUAAAGCUGUAAUGUUAUUAUCAAGUGUUAUUUGCAAAACAAAAACACAAGUGCUACUAAAUACCCACAUCUUCAAGAACAGUUUUUGUCUUUUUAAAAAGUUCAGUAUUGCUUUAAAGGGAAAAGAUACCUUUUUUGUUUUUGGGACCGU